AUGGGAAACUUCAAUCUCUCCCACAGAGUUGUUCUGGCACCACUUACUAGAACAAGAUCAUUCAACAACGUUCCUCAGCCUCAUGCUAUCCUCUAUUACUCUCAGAGAGCAUCUCAAGGUGGUCUUCUCAUAACAGAAGCUACCGGUGUCUCGGACACGGCUCAAGGAUAUCCAAACACGCCAGGUAUAUGGACAAAGGAACAAGUGGAAGCAUGGAAACCAAUUGUAGAUGCUGUUCAUGCCAAAGGCGGUGUCUUUAUCUGUCAGAUUUGGCAUGUUGGAAGGGUUUCAAAUUCAUGUUAUCAGCCUAAUGGGCAAACACCGAUAUCUUCUUCAGACAAGUCACUCACAAGCAGUCAUGCACAACAGUUCACGCCACCGAGAAAGCUAAGCACCGAUGAAAUUCCUAAUAUUGUCAAUGACUUUAGACUUGCUGCAAGAAAUGCUAUCGAAGCUGGUUUUGAUGGGAUUGAAAUACAUGCGGCUCAUGAUUUGCCAAAGAGAUUUGCACUUGAUGCCCCUCUCAACAAGUAUAAUAGGGAGACAUUUUACACUUCUGAUCCAGUUGUUGGUUAUACUGACUACCCGUUUCUUGACUGA